AAGCCCCUCUCUGUUGCAUCCUAACACCAAACCACCACUUCCCUUUCUUCUCUCUGUUUUCUCCUCUGCUUUCUCUUUCCUCUCUCUCUGUCUCUCUUUCUCUCUUUCUCUUUUCUUUUCUUAAUUAAUCUUCUCUAUUAUUUCUCAGAGCUUAAUUUGUUGAGACAAAGGCAAAAUGACGAACCAGAAUGUGAUAGCAUCGGAUGCUAAACCCAGUAUUGAUAUAAGGAUUAGGGUUUUAUUCCCCAAAUCUUUAUUUUCAACAGUGGUAUCGGAACCGGUAUUGACAGCUUCUCCUCGACUUGUUAAGAAGAUGGAAACUGCCGGAGGAGAAGCAGUAACUAAAACUAAUAAUGCUUAUUGGGUUGAUUCUAUGAGAGACUCUUCGCCUACUCGUGUUAAAUCUACUGCUUCUUCUUUAUCUGAAACUGAAGAAAGAAAAUCUUGGAUGAUUAAUCAUCCAUCGGCUUUAAGUAUGUUUGAGCAAAUAUUGAAUGCAUCAAAGGGAAAGCAGAUAGUGAUGUUUCUUGAUUAUGAUGGCACACUUUCACCCAUUGUAGAAGACCCUGAUCGAGCAUUCAUGACUAGUGAGAUGCGAGAGGCUGUUAGAGAUGUUGCCAGAUAUUUUCCUACUGCAAUAGUUACUGGAAGGUGCAGAGACAAGGUCUACAGCUUUGUAAAAUUGGCAGGGCUUUACUAUGCUGGUAGCCAUGGCAUGGACAUAAAGGGACCAUCGUCUAAAAGUCGCAAAUACAAAAAAAAAGACCAUGAAGCUCUACUCUUUCAACCUGCUAGUAAAUUUUUGCCCAUGAUUGAUGAGGUGUAUGAAGUUUUGAUAGAGAAAACAAAAACUAUUCCUGGAGCUAAAGUAGAAAAUAACAAAUUUUGCCUGUCCGUACACUUCAGAUGUGUUGAUGAAAAGAUGUGGGAUACAUUAGCUGAACAAGUUAAAUCAGUACUUAACGAUUAUCCCAAGCUUAGGUUAACUCAGGGGAGGAAGGUUUUAGAGAUCCGACCAACAAUUAAAUGGGAUAAGGGCAAAGCUCUUGAAUUCUUGUUAGAAGCACUAGGAUAUGCUAAUUCUAAAGAUGUUUUACCGGUCUAUAUUGGCGAUGAUCGGAGUGAUGAGGACGCAUUCAAGGUUUUACGCAAUAGAGAUCAAGGACUUGGAAUUCUUGUUUCUAAAGUUCCAAAGGAAACUAAUGCCUCAUAUUCUUUGCAAGACCCAGCUGAGGUCAAAGAAUUCCUAAGGCGUUUGGUAGAGUGGAAGCGGUCGUCUAUGCUAGAAUACAGAAGGGUAUAAGUGAAAAAAGGAUGAAAUUAACCUCCACCCUAUAAUAUUAUUGUUGAUCGAGGGUGCAACAUGUAAUUUUUCUUUGUUUGGAAAUUGUAAAUGAAAAACAAAAGAAAUGGAAUUCAAAGAAUUCCAUAAUUUUGGAGAGGAAUAUAUACCACUCUCUCUUUAUCAAUCUCUAUUGAUUUUCAUAUAA